AUGGACUUCAUCUUCCAGGACUUCGGGACCGCCUUCGACCCCACUUGUAAGAGGCCAGGCUACAUACUCUCAGAGACGCUAUCACCCGACCUUGUUCCGGAGACGCUGCAGAUUAUAUGGAGGUCUACAAACUACCAUGACGCGAGGUCGUUUAUUCGGCGUAAUCUCAACAACUCACUUCCGCAUAAGGUGAAGCUCUCUAAAGACGAGCUUGAUGGCUGGGCCGACAUCUACUUGAGCUAUUGGAAAACGGCUGGUGAGAUACUAGCUGUGCAGGGCCAGGGCGGUGCGCCAGGUGGUAAGCCGUCAUGGGCGAAGGUGUAUGAGACCUGGAAGGAGUUGGCGUCUCAUCUAAUUCGAGGCUAUCAGAGUUACGGCUUUGAGGCAUGGACAAUCCCUUGCCUUUACAUCGUCGGGAAAUACUUGAGAGUAUUCUCCAUCAAAGCAGAUGCAGAGAGAGACGGAAACUCGGCCGAGAACGGAGAUGCAGUCUUCCAAGAUGACUUUGAUCCCGAGAUGGAGCAGCACAAGCAUCUCGAGGAUUGUGCACGGCAGCUGAACAGGAUAUUCAACCUUUGUCUAAAUGACAGGGCUUCACUUGAUGAGUCAAGAAAAUGGGGCAUCUACUACAUCAUCAACCUCCUGUUCAAGACUUACUUCAAGCUGAACCAGGCAAGUCUGUCCCGAAACGUUCUCAAAGCUCUAGGUGCAUACAGGGGUGAUAUGCCACCACUAGAGAGCUUCCCAAAGUCACAGCGCGUGACAUUCAAGUAUUAUCAAGGUGUACUGCUAUUUCUAGAGGAGAACUACGUCGAGGCAGAGAAGCACCUCACCGAGGCAUGGGGCUUGUGCCACAAGGAUGCCAAGCGGAAUAAGGAGUGCGUUUACAUCGACCAUAACCAUUCGCGGAAUGAAGUAGCUAACCGUUACAGGUUGAUCUUAACGUACCUUAUCCCAUGCCAUCUCCUUACGACCCACACGUUACCUACUCGAGCGCUCCUAGAGCCGUACCCCCGACUACAGAAGCUAUUUCUCAAUCUAUCACAGGCCAUCAAGAAGGGCGAACUGCACGCAUUCGAUCUUGCACUCCAAGAAGGCGAAGACGAAUUCGUAAAGCGACGUAUCUACUUGACGCUAGAGAGAGGACGCGACAUCGCGCUACGCAAUCUGUUACGAAAGGUGUUCAUUGCUGGCGGCUUUGAGGAGCCGAAGGAGCCUGGUGCGGCGCCACUCCGCCGGACGAGAAUACCGCUGGCGGAGUUUGUCGCAGCUAUCAGUCUAGGAAGCCAGCAGCAGCUAGACACAGAUGAGGUUGAGUGCCUACUGGCUAAUAUGAUCUAUAAGGGCCUAAUGAAGGGAUACAUAGCACGCGAGAAGGCAUUCGUGGUGCUCUCCAAAACCGGUGCGUUCCCCGGCACGGGCGUAUGA